AUGGCCGAGGACCGCAGCGGCGCCGACGGUGGUCCCGUUAGCGACCCGCCCGGUGGCGUACAGGGAGAUGCCAAGCCCAAGACGACACCACGCAAGAAGCGCGCCCCAGCUCAACCCGCUGGCACUCCUCCCCCCACCCGGACGCUUGUCCCUCUUCAUACCGCCCCGGCACUGCUCCCACCCGUCCUGCCCUUCUCAUUACCCACUGCUAUAGCCCAUCUCUCUUCUCACGAUCCCCGCUUCGGCACCCUCUACACGCAUAUCCCCCCGAAACCCUUCUCAACGCUCGAGGCGGUCGACCCGUUCCGAACCCUAGUCACCAGCAUCAUUGGCCAGCAAGUGAGCUGGCUCGCGGCGCGGGCAAUUACGAAGCGCUUCAGGAUGAUUUGGGGUCAUGAGACGGAGGAUGGAUUUCCCACUCCUCUCGAAGUCAGCAAAGGCAAGGUCGAGGACUAUCGAGCGGCGGGAUUCAGCCAGAGGAAAGCCGAGUACGUGAUCGCUAUAGCGGAACACUUUGUUUCCGGCCAAAUAUCCACCGAGCUACUCAAAGACGGGACAGACGAAGAGAUUGCACAAGCGUUGAUCACUGUGCGCGGCAUCGGACAGUGGACGGUCGACAUGUUUCUCAUGUUCUCGCUUCGCCGGCCAGACGUCCUCCCUGUCGGCGACCUCGGCGUCCAAAAGGGACUAUUGCGAUGGGCGCUCACCGCACAUGACGCUCUCCCCGAGAGCAAGAAGAAGACUGGCAAAAAGGCCGACGCCGUCCGAGCCAAAUACAAAAAGGAGGCGAAGACGGAGAUUCGCACCCCGCCUCCGGAGGAUCGGCCACAAGCACCUCCGACCCCUUACACACCCGGUACCGACGCAAGUACGAUCGCGGCGCUUCGCACGCCAGCAUCCCGCCAAAUCACACACCUACCGCCGACUCCGGUCACCCCUGGGAUGCCAACCGAGGAGGUGCUCGUCAAAGUCGAGGAAACGCUCGAGGUUCCCGCACUCCCGGCGCCGACACCAGAGGAGUUGAUGAGACCGCUCGUGACCCACGCGCAGUGGGAUGCCUUCAGAGCGGCGCCAUUAGAAGAGGGGCUGAGCGUGGAGGUCUUGAAAGCCAGGCUAGCAGGGAAGAAGGUCAAGGGCGGAGCAUACCUCACGCCUAAGGAGAUGGAAGUAUUGACCGAAGGAUGGCGACCCUACAGGAGCAUAGGGGUGUAUUAUAUGUGGCCCGCUGGCGAGGAGUUCUAG